GAAUUUGGCAACACUGAUCGAUUACUCCCGAAGCUGAGCAGAAAUAGAGCUACGAUGUCUGGCCCAGCGAGGUUGAUUUUAAGAAAUUUAAGCCGUUUAAAUGGAGUGUUAUACAAGGAGCAGAGCCGUGGUGUUGUAAGACUCGUAAUCAGUUCACAAGUAAGACUCAUGUCAUCUACCAAGAAAGAUUUCAAGAGCAUGACUGCCCAAGAUUGGCAGAAGGAAUUAUCUCCAGAACAGUAUUAUGUUGCAAGGGAGGGAGGAACUGAGCCUCCAUUUAGUGGAGCAUAUUACAACCACUUUGCUGAGGGUGUCUACAAGUGUGUGUGCUGUGGUACAGAAUUAUUUAGCUCAAAACACAAAUUUGAAUCGGGUUGUGGUUGGCCUUCAUUCCAUACUGCUGAAGGAGAUGCAGGAGACAAGGAAGCCAGCACUAGUCGUAUAGAGACGCGCACUGACAUGGCCUACAUGAUGGUGCGAACAGAGGUUUUGUGCAAGAACUGUGAAGCCCACCUAGGCCACGUGUUUAAGGAUGGACCUGAACCAACUGGACUACGUUACUGUAUUAAUUCUGCAUCUCUGAAGUUUGCCACUAAGAAGGUUAAGUAAAUUUAAAGUAUUUUUACUCCUCACAAGAAUUGAGAAUGAAAAGUUUACUAUUUUCUUAUUUUUGUGUGACUACUGUAGGUUCAUUUGGUGUUGAUAUUGUGGUUUUAACAUUUUUCGGGGACAUGUUGGAUAUUUUAUUAUACCUCUGAUUGAUUUUUAUUGUACUUAAGUAUUUUCUAUUUAUCCACAAACUUAAAUUGAGAUUCUUUCAUGGAUUGUGGAGGGGACUGUUAAUUUCAUAUUCAGAUUCCUGAUUAUAGAAUAUUUCUGUAUCCUGCUUUGCGUAUUCUUUUAACAGUAGAAAGAACUACUAUAUGUUUACAUAAAAUGUGUAUCUUAUAUGUAAAUUGUUAAAGAAAUAGAAACCUCACUUGAUAAGAAAAACUUGAAAAAGCAAAGAUUUACUAUGAAAAAACAAAGAUUUACUAUAUUAUUUCAUGUUAUGACAUCAUGUACUUUAAUAAUUUGUUUCAGUUAAUUUAGUUUAAACUAAAUGUGAAUGUAUUAAUUUGUUAGAGGUAUAUCUUAAUUGUUGUGAUAAGAUUGUUUUUACUAACAUGACAGUGGUAUGUAGUGAAGUACUGUAGUAUAUUAUAUGUGAUAGUCUGGUAGAUAUAUUUUUUUGGAAUAACAUGGUGGUGUACUAUCUAGUCUGGUACUUUUAUGGAAUAACAUGGUGGUGUACUAUCUAGUCUGGUACUUUUUUGGAAUAACAUGGUGGUGUACUAUCUAGUCUGGUACCAGUAUAGAGCAUUCACAGAAGCAGAAUUGUUGUAAUUUUAGAACAUGCAGUUUAAGUAAAAUUAUUCAGCUUGUAUGAAAAAACAAAAUGGCAUCCUAUGUUUAUUAAUAAAGUCAUGCCUUUAA